UCUUCACCCCCCCCCCCCCCCUCCCCAAAAAAAAAAAAACCCUCAGACAGAGAAACAGAACUACUCAUUUCUUUCAUGUUUUUCUUACACGAUCUUCUUCUUCUUCUUCACUAUCUUCCUUAAGUUGAUCUACCCAAAUCCCUCAAAACCCCACGUGUCAAAAAAUAAAAGAUGGAGCUACGAAGGUUUUUGCUUGUAGGGUUUGUGUUGUUGUCUGUGAUAGGGAACUGUUAUGCGAGAUUUGUGGUGGAAAAGAACAGCUUGAUGGUGACGUCGCCGGAGAAGAUUAAGGGGACUCAUGAUAGUGCGAUUGGGAACUUUGGAAUACCUCAAUAUGGGGGAAGCAUGGCUGGUGCUGUGAUUUACCCUAAGGAGAACCGAAAGGGUUGCAAGGGUUUUGAUGAGUUUGGGAUUUCCUUUCAAUCCAAGCCUGGUGCUCUUCCUACUUUUGUUUUGCUCGAUCGUGGAGAUUGCUUCUUUGCUUUAAAGGUUUGGAAUGCACAGAAGGCUGGUGCUUCUGCAGUUCUUGUUGCAGAUGAUAUUGAAGAAGCAUUAAUAACCAUGGACACGCCUGAAGAGGAUACUUCAUCUGCCAAAUACCUUGAAAAUAUAACGAUCCCAUCUGCCCUUAUUGAAAAAACUUUUGGUGAAACUCUUAAGAAAGCAAUCAGUGGUGGGGAAAUGGUCAAUGUUAAUCUCGAUUGGCGAGAGGCUGUUCCACACCCUGAUGAUCGUGUGGAGUAUGAGUUAUGGACCAACAGCAAUGAUGAAUGUGGAGUUAAGUGUGAUAUGCUGAUGGAAUUUGUGAAGGAUUUCAAGGGUGCUGCACAGAUACUUGAAAAAGGUGGCUAUACUCAAUUUACACCCCAUUAUAUAACUUGGUACUGCCCUCAGGCUUUCACCCUUAGCAGACAGUGCAAAUCCCAAUGCAUCAACCAUGGAAGAUAUUGUGCACCUGAUCCUGAACAAGAUUUUAGCUCAGGUUAUGACGGGAAAGAUGUAGUUCUUGAAAACCUAAGACAGCUAUGUGUUUUCAGAGUGGCAAAUGAGACCAAUAAGCCUUGGUUGUGGUGGGACUAUGUCACAGAUUUUCAAAUAAGAUGCCCCAUGAAGGAGAAAAAAUAUAACAAGGAAUGUGCCGAUGAUGUUAUCAAAUCUCUUGGUCUCGAUGGCAAGAAUAUUGAAAAGUGUAUGGGAGACCCUUAUGCUGAUGCAGAUAAUCCUGUUCUGAAAGAAGAACAAGAUGCCCAAGUGGGGAAAGGAUCUAGGGGUGAUGUUACCAUAUUGCCUACACUUGUUGUCAACAAUCGACAAUAUCGAGGAAAGCUGGCCAAAGGUGCUGUUCUGAAGGCCAUCUGUUCUGGUUUCGAGGAGACUACUGAACCGGCCGUUUGCUUGAGUGGUGAUGUGGAGACGAAUGAAUGCUUGGAAAACAAUGGUGGUUGUUGGCAAGAUAAAAUAGCCAAUCUCACAGCCUGCAAGGAUACAUUUCGAGGGAGGGUCUGUGAAUGUCCCUUGGUUGAUGGUGUGCAAUUCAGAGGAGAUGGUUACAGCCACUGUGAAGCUAGUGGGCCUGGAAGGUGCAAGAUUAAUAAUGGAGGUUGUUGGCAUGGAUCACGAGAUGGACACGCAUACUCUGCUUGUUUGGGUAUUGGAGAUAGUAAAUGCCAAUGUCCUCCAGGGUUUAAGGGUGAUGGUGUCAAAAGUUGUGAAGAUGUUGAUGAAUGCAACGAGAAGAAAGCCUGCCAGUGCCCUGAAUGUAGCUGCAAAAAUACCUGGGGAAGCUAUGAGUGCACUUGCAGUGGAGAUCUUUUAUAUAUCAGGGACCAUGAUACCUGCAUAAGUAAGAGUGGCACUGAAGUAAGAUCAGCAUGGGCUGCUGUUUGGGUCAUUGUGAUCGGCUUGGCAAUGGCUGCUGGUGGGGCUUAUCUCGUUUACAAAUAUAGAUUAAGGUCAUACAUGGAUUCAGAAAUCAGAGCUAUAAUGGCACAGUACAUGCCGCUGGAUAGUCAAGCUGAAGUUCCAAAUCAUGUAAGUGAAGAUCGAGCGUGAAGAAGGAAAACUCCAAUAUUUUCAAGGAGUUCUGAUCAUGCAGGGUUGAUGUGGUUCUUGUUAUACCCUUAUUCGAUUGAAUUUCAAGCAUGGAUGUUAUUGGUAUGUAAAAUAUAUCAAACAAUAAAGAAAUGCAGAUUAGAAGUGGGUAUUUGUUCAUUAUAACAGUAACAUGCUGCAAAAGUUGAGAGUAGGGGAUCGACUUCAGCCAUGAUCAGGGGCAGAUCAUAUUCAUAUGGGAUCUGGCCGUAGCAUCUAAGAAUUUCGUUUCCAGCUUCUAUGUAUCCCGAUAAUCUUUGCCCCAUAAUUUAUAUGGCAAUUCUGUAAUUCGUUUAAUGCCUUUUAGGUGAGCUGAACUCUUUCUUCUUACCGUAUUUUGUUUUUGAACUUUUUGAGGGCUCUAAACUGUGCGUAUUGUUACUGUGGAUCUCAAGCUGUAGAGUGUAAACCAUAUUCAUUUUCUUGUAGAGUGUAACUUGGUGUUAGACUUGUGGAUC